GGGCUCUCCCUACAUCAAUAUAGACCAAUAUGCGAAACAGAGCCUCUAUGGUCCGGAGAUAGUAACGCUAACGACGAACAAUGAUGCGAACCGUAUCGAACCGGGUGCUAGCUCUCGCAUUCCGCUACGGCUCGGUGCUCCUAGCCGCCCUGCUCGUCUACUAUGUCAUUCGCGAACCCCUGAACUCGGCCGUUAGCAACGUAUCGUUCCUCGGGAAGGGAACUUUGCAAGCCGCCGAGCAAGGGUCCGGACGGGACGGAAUUGCGGCCGUCGGAGGCGCAAAGGCCGUCGACGACGACGCGCAAUUAGCUCCGGCCGGCACGGCCGAAGACGUCCCAGAAAAGAAAGCGCAGGAACCGAUGGGCGAUGUCGACAUCGUCUACGAAAAGAAAUACAAGCCCGAUCCGGCCCCUUCCAAACCGAUCGGAGACCACUUCCCGUGGCUCACGUAUUCUAAUACGCCGCCGCCGGUCCUCGACAAUAACCUACCUCCCUUCCCGCACGUCGAAGAAGCGACGCCGCUCUUGAUCGGCUUUACGAGAAACUGGCCGCUGCUGCUCCAAUGCGUGAGCAGCUAUAUCGCGGCGGGGUGGCCGGCCGAGGAUAUAUACGUGGUCGAGAACACGGGCACGUUCCACUCGAAUCGCGACGGAGACCUAGAGCUGCAGAACCCCUUCUUCCUCAACCACACGGCGCUAGGGAUCCUAGGAGUGAAGGUCCUAGAGACGCCGACCCUGCUUAGCUUCUCGCAGAUGCAGAACUAUUUCCUGAGCCUGGCGCUGGAGCACGAUUGGCCUCACUUCUGGUGGAGCCACAUGGACGUGGUGGUCUUCAGCGACGAGGACGUCAAGAAGAACGACCGCGACCACGACUGGGACCACGACCCGUACGCGACCAUCUACGAGCGCAGCGUCGGGCUUCUGAGGUACCUCAACGGCCCCGACAUGCCUCCGUGGGCGACGCACUUCUUCCAAUUCGACCACCUCGCCCUCGUCAACCGCGACGCCUACCUCGAGGUCGGCGCCUGGGACACGCAGAUCCCGUACUACGCCUCGGACUGCGACAUGUACCUACGCCUGCACUGGGCCGGGUACUGGCAGCCGCAGAGCGAAGCGGGGCUCGUCUUCGACGUCGCCUCGGCGUUCGACGACAUCGCGGCCCUGUUCCGGGUAGCGGGCUCGCACGCGACGUUCGAAGGGGACCCGGUGUACGCGAAGAGCACGCCCGGCAGCAGCGAGGACGAGCGCGCUCACCACGAGGCCGACCUCAAGCGCGAGCAGGACAUGUACCCCUGGGUCGAGAAGGAAGGCGAGACGUUCGCCCACCUCGUCGAGGUCGCCGGCCGCAUGCAGGACCUCAAGUGGAAGGACGAGGGCACCCGCCGCAACGAGUGGCAGACCCGGCAGACGGGCGGCCGCGACGAUCCGUUCUACCGCGACCCCGAGGGCUUCGCGGCCGGCGUGGAGACCCUGGUCGAUGCCGGCAGGCGCGUGUUCGCGGAUAAGUGGGGGCACCGCGGAUGCGACCUCUUGGCCAUGGGUAUCGAGGGCAAGGACGCGUGGCGCCUGCAGCGUGAUUGGGAUAUCAACGAGGGCCCCGGGAGCGAGGGCGGGAAUUGGGGUAAGGAUUGGAUGACGGGGAGCGACGGGGAGUGAGCGGAGGUGGUGAGAGACUAGGGCUGAGUACCGAACGAAGCACAAAGGAAAAUGAGAACGGCAUAGAGCGAUAGCAGAUACGGAUACCUAGAAGUAGAAGGGAAAGCUCCUUGAUCAAGGGAAGGCGGUGGUUUUGGGUUGUGUGUACAUACCUACCUACGUAUCCUACGGCGUUGGCGGAUGGACGGAGGGGAGCACAGUCCCCCCUGGCGUUAUAUGGGACGAUUGGUUUGUUGAAAAGCGCCUGCGCAUGUAUUGUUUAUAGUAAUGACCCAGAUACGAACUCUUGAUAGGAGGCUUCCUUGUUAAGGCGUGUGUAUUGCAGGUCAUAGGCGAUGAAGUAGACUCAUGCUAU